AUGGAGAAGGCGAUGCGUAUUGGCAGCAUUUUGAUUUCGUCUUCGUCUGUGAGCAUUGCCAUAGUGAUUCUUAUGCUGCUGCUCAUCCUAAUCCUCGUCCUCAUAGCUUGCAAGUUCAAACCAUGGCGCCGGUUCCUGUCCCUCCACGCCGCAGCACGCCGCCGCUCGCCGGCCUCGAUCAAGGAAGAUGACAUAGAGAGACCUCUUAUUUCGGGAGGUCUGGGUAGUGCUGAAAGCCAAAAUUAUGAAUCUUCAUUAAGUAACUCCAUUGGGCAGUCUGGUAGUCCGAUUCAGGGGGUAGGAUCAACACAUUCUACAGCAUUAGCACAUAAACACAGGCAGUCGGCACCACCAGAAUUGACUCACAGUGAUAGUUUUAUCCUUGACAUCUCAAAUACAUCGGAGGAUUCUUUUGUUGGUCAGACACUUAAGCGUCCACUUCCAGCAAGUCAGUUCUCUGACGAGUGGGCUCGUGAUAAAAGAGAAGAUAUAAGUCAUAACCGAAAGUAUGGUGCAGAUAAAGACACGUACAGAGACAAUGUCGUCAAUGAUACUGCAAAAAGAGGAAGCAUUCUAAAGCUGGAGGUAAUUUCUGGUCCUUCUCGUGGACUUCGGUAUUCCAUACAAUCCACCAACACAUCCAAGCUUCCGGUCACUAUUGGGAGAGUGUCACCCGGUGAUAUAAUUCUGAAGGACUCCGAGGUUUCUGGCAAGCAUGCAAGGAUAAAUUGGAAUGUAAAAAAAUUAAAAUGGGAGCUAGUUGAUAUGGGUAGCUUGAAUGGUACAACCUUGAACUCCCAGCCAGUCCACCUUCCGCAGAAUGGAAGCAGAGAUUGGAGUGUUCCAGUUGAUCUCUCAAGCGGAGAUGUAAUAACAUUAGGCACAAGUUCAAAGAUUUUGGUUAAUAUUACAGUUGGAACAGAGUGCAAGAUCCCUUUUGGGAUUGGUAUGGCAUCUGAUCCCAUGGCUUUGCGUCGAGGAGCGAGAAAGUUGCCCAUGGAAGAUGUCUGUUAUUACCACUGGCCCCUUCCUGGAAUGGAUAAGUUUGGACUAUUUGGUAUUUGUGAUGGACAUGGAGGAGCGGAUGCAGCUACAUCUGUUAGCAAAAUAAUGCCUGAAGUAAUUGCUGGCAUAUUGUCAGAUCCGUUUCGAAAAGAGAAAGUUUUAUCUCAUCAUGAUGCAUCUGAUGUCCUUAGGGAGGCAUUUUAUCAGACCGAAGCAAGCAUUAAUCACUAUUAUGAGGGUUGUACCGCAACAGUGCUUCUUGUCUGGGCUGAUGGUUGUGAAAAUUUCUACUUGCAAUGUGCAAAUGUUGGAGAUUCCACUUGUAUUGUGAAUAUUGAGGGAAAGCAGAUGAAGAUGACGGAAGACCACAGGAUAACGAGUUAUUCGGAAAGGCUCCGAAUUCAGUCAUUAGGGAAACCUCUAAGAGACGGGGAAACUCGCAUAUGCGGUUUAAACCUCGCCAGGAUGCUUGGAGACAAAUUUCUCAAGGAGCAAGAUGCUCGUUUCAGUUCAGAACCGUACAUAAGUGAAGUAACCUGCAUUGACCGAUCAAGCAAGAGCUUUGUUCUUUUAGCAAGCGAUGGAUUUUGGGAUGUUAUUAAUGUGAAGAAGGCAGCUCAUCUUGUGCAUCAGGCAAUGGACAAAAACACGGCCAAAGAGAAUUCAGCCGAAAAGAUAGCUAAUUUUCUGUUGAAUGAAGCAAGAACACUGCGGACAAAAGAUAAUACCUCCAUAAUUUUCUUAGAUUUUACCAGCAGCGGAUCGCGUGGAGUGGACUUCAAUGAUCUGUAG